AUGAUGUCAGCAGGCUUUCAAUGGGGAUUGAAUAACAAUAAUCUCAACAACAAUAAUACUACUCAGAAUUUCAGUAAACCAUCAUUUCAAUUAUCAUCUGUACCUCGCUCAUCAGUAGUCACAUCAGCUUUUUCAAAAAAGAGGAAAAGAAUAAUGGAAGAUGAAUCUGAUGAAGAUACUCAAAAUUUACAUACUGAAAGGAAAACAUUCACUUUUAAAAAAUCAAGAACUCCUAAAAUUAUCGGUCAACCAUUACCUACAUCAAGACUUAUUGAGACAUUAGACAAAUCAUCAUUACAAAAAUUAUUAAAUAAUUUAAUCCAAACUAAUCCAAGUAUAACAUCACAAAUUUAUAGAGAAUCACCAUCACCUUCAAUUUCAAACCUAAUAGAAAUAUUACAAUUUAAAUUCCAAUAUAUAAUUGAUCAUUUGCCAUAUAAAUGUGAUACAGAAAGUGAUUAUUCAUAUUUAAGAAUCAAAAAUUAUUUCAAUGAGUUUUUAAAUUGUCUUUCUGAUUUCAUAUUAUGGACAUUACCUCCAAAUAAUAACAAUUUUAAUUUACACAAUUUGUUAUAUUUUUUUCAAGAAGUCACUAGUUUAAUUUUUAAAUUGCCAAAUUUUACAAAUUCCGAAUUUCAAUAUACUAAAAAUUUAGCAUAUGAACAAAUUUCAAAUAGUUGGUUAAUUAUAAUAAAUUCACAAAUUGAUGAUAUUGAAAAUGAUAAUAAUUCAGAUAAUUUAAAAUCAAUAACUGAGUCAAUUAAGGUUAUUAAAGAAUUUGAAUUGCUUUCGAAAUUGGAAAAAUUCAAUCAAUAUGAUAAUAAUUAUAAAUUUCAAAAUGUUAUAGAUUAUUUAAAUAAGAAAAUUGAACAAUUUGAAAUUAUUACAAAUAAUCAAGAAAAUAAUAGUUUAAAUGAACUAAUUACAAUUGAUUAUUCUCAAUAUUCAUUAAAAAAUUCAUCAAUAUAG